AUCACACAUGGACAGGCUGCGUGUUUUUCUGGUCGUUCUCUUUGGAGAAGUUUCUUUCAGUCAGGAUCAGAUUCCCAAACCAGUGUCGGAGGUGACAGUCAGACCAGGAGGAAACAUCACUCUGUACUGUGACUGCAAAACGUCAACUGGAGUAUACAUUGUGUGGUUCAGGAACUGUUCUCAUGAGAAACAGCCCACUCUCGUUCUUAAAACAAUAGGUAAUUCGGGGGAUGACAUCAGAAACCCAAAUGAUCCUCUGAGGCUUUUCCCUCAUUUUGAAUUUUUGAAGUACCUUUCUUCUGACUCCUACGACCUGCUGAUCAGGAACAUCACUGAUUCUGAUGAGGGGCUCUACUACUGUGGAACUCAACAGAUGAAGGUAGAGGAUGAAGAAUUAAUCACUUCCAAAUACAUUUACAACUAUGGCAGUGUAACAACAAGGAUCAUAUGUGGAAAAGAAGACAACGCAGACAGAAAAACAUGCCUUCACUCCGGUGUUGUGCCCUGGAUGAUGGUGGUGUUCACGCCAGCUUUAACUAUUCUCUCCUCUUUCCUCUCCUUUAUUUUGGUUUAUCACUUCUGUCAGAAAACAGAUUACGAACCUGAAGUUCAUCAGAAAAGACCAAACAGCACAGGACAAACAAGACAGAAUCAGGAUGAAGAUGUGUGUUUAACACGAGUUGUGUUCCGGGUUAAGGAUGGACAAAAACACCAGUAGACAUGAAGUACAGCAAAAGCACAUUUGUCUCAUUCAGGCAGAAAGAAAAUAGAAUUGAACGAGUCCAAUUUCAAAAUGUUUCAAAUUCAGGUCAACGGUUUAACUUGUAAUUUCCUCUUGUAUCUUUGUAUUCUUGUAUGUCCUGUGGUUUGUGACACACUCCUAGAGAUCUUAAACCACAAAGUGUGUGAGCGCAAGCUGUGUGGCCGAUUUGGUAUCAGGUUUGUGAUCAACCAGUUGACAACAGUCACAUACACAUUAUCACAGUUUUAAAUGUACUUUUCCGUUGAGAACUGUUUAAACAUAAAUCUUGACUUACAUAUUGCUUUUAUUCUUAUUAGUUAUCAUUAAGUAAUAUGAGCUUGUACUGUUUUACAUGUAGAAUAUGUAUGGAAUAUUUGUAAUUAACUCUUUACUUGUUAUUAUUACAUUAUUAUAAAUCAAUUAUUUUUAUUACAGUUGUCUUUUGUAAGCUGUGUACGUACACACACAACAUAUAAUGGGCUUUACUAUCUUUUUGAUUGUCCUCCCCUUUACUUCAGUAGUCUCUAUUCUAAUGGAUAGGCAUAAUAAUUUGCAUUAAAUUAAUUUGAAAGAAUAAGUGAUGCAGGUGAAUGCCUUACUCAUUGCUUCUGCUGAUUUAUUGUGGAUUAAAUGGCCAGUAUGUUAGAGGUAUGAACCACAAUAAUGAUGAAUUUAUUUUUGUUCUUUUAUUAUUUAAUUUGGUUUAUUACCAUUUUGUAUUUACAGAUGUGGAUAAAAGUGUUAGUACCCUAACACCUUAUUGUAACAAUAGUCUGUGAAAUUAAAAGCGCCUUUGUCAUGCAUGUGUGCACGCCGUUAGUUUGCCAUAGAAUAAAAUAAA